AUGAUCAUUCUGCGCAGCAGGCAGCACUUGAGGGAGCUGAUGGUGGCCUUGUCUCGCCGUCUUCCUCACUCUGCCAAGACGUAUGGGAGGUUGUACUUUGGACUGAAAGGCAUUUCGGGACCUAUGGACGUUUACGUGGACUCCUGGCCAAACUUUCAAGCCGUAGUUGUACAGCCAAGGGAGGAGGCCGGUGAAAAGCCGUUCAUGCCCAGCUAUUCCACAUUUUCACUCAACCCAAGCAGCCUUGCUGACCUCCUGUUUAAUGUUGUGGAAUGGAAGAAGCCCUUCAUGCUGGCAGGUAUAGAUGUUGAUUUGAAAGAACGUGUGGAUGAUUUGGCGGCCAGAAAAAAUGUCCGUCUCUCCUGGCCGUCGCCCUACAACAUGUUCACAAUGAAUGACCCUGCCACACUCAGAUUUCCAAAAUCUAAAUCAGGCCUGAAAACAGCGAUGUUAAAUACAAGCCACGCUGAGUUGGUGUGCAACUCAUGGAAAUACAAAGGCCACCCUGACAGCCUGCGCUUAAUCCAGACUUGUUUAAAAAAAGGAUUUCCCAAUAGCUGUGUCCUGGACGCUUCUGGAAGUCCAGUCGCCUGGAUUCUCUGCUACUCAUAUGGAGCGCUUGGCUCAGCAUUUGUGAGGCCUGACUACCGCAAGAAGGGUCUGUUGUCACAGUGUAUGGCAGCAAUUAUACCCAAAUUAAAUGAGGAUUUCCCUCUGUUUGGUUAUAUUAAUGAAGAAAACACCAAUUCAUUACAGUGGGCCACACAAUUUGGGUUUUCGAAGCCGAUUGACCAUGGGUUUGCAUGGGUGACUGCAGAGCCCUGAUAUGUGCUGUCUUAAUAUUUAGUAAGGAGUGAUGAAUCCUCACUUGAUGU